CCGAUUUCUAUGUAGUACUACCAGGCAGUGUGAUCAAACAAGAAAGUCGACUGAACAUCGUUAAGUGUAAGCUGCAUUAGUAGAGUGAAGAUUUGACUCGACCAGUAUGGACAUUGGCACACUAACAGCAAGACUGUCUGAAGCGGGACAGUCCCAUGUCCUCCAGUUCUGGGAUGAUCUCAAGCCUGAGGAGCAAGCCGAGAUGAUCCAGGACCUGGAGGGAAUGGAUUUCAAGGAAAUAAAUAGGUUCUUCAAGAAUGCUAUGGAAACCUCUGGUCAAGACAAACAGGAAAAGAUAGACAGCAGAAUGGAACCAGUACCCAGAGAGGUCCUGGGAAGUGUGACAAGAGACCGAGAGUUUCUGAAAGACUGGGAGGAUGAAGGACUACGCUGCAUAUCCCAGAAUAAAGUGGCCGUUCUGCUGCUAGCUGGAGGUCAGGGGACACGUCUGGGCGUCUCUUACCCCAAAGGCAUGUACGACGUGAGCCUCCCCUCCCACAAGACCCUCUUCCAGCUCCAGGCCGAGCGCAUUCUCAAACUGCAGCAGCUCGCGGAGCAACAGCACGGCACCAAAUGCCAUAUCACAUGGUACAUUAUGACCAGUGGCAGAACAGUGGACUCCACUAAAGAGUUCUUCUCUCGACACAAGUACUUCGGCCUGAGCGAAAACAACGUCAUCUUCUUCCAGCAGGGCAUGCUUCCUGCCAUGGACUACAAUGGGAAACUUAUACUGGAAAGCAAGGGCAAACUGGCCAUGGCUCCAGAUGGAAACGGCGGCCUGUACAGAGCUCUGGGCACUCACAGGAUCGUGGAGGACAUGGAGAGGAGAGGGAUCGCCUGCGUUCACGUCUACUGCGUGGAUAACAUCCUGGUGAAGGUGGCUGAUCCUGCCUUUAUUGGCUUCUGUGUGCGCAAAGGAGCCGACUGUGGGGCAAAGGUGGUAGAGAAGACCAAUCCAACGGAGGCAGUGGGUGUUGUCUGCAAAGUGGACGGGCGUUAUCAGGUGGUGGAGUACAGUGAGAUCACCUUGGCGACGGCCGAGAGGCGGAGUUCCGAUGGACGGCUGAUGUUCAACGCCGGCAACGUAGCCAACCAUUUCUUCUCUCUUCCUUUCCUCAAAGACGUCGUGAACACACAUGAACCACAGUUGCAGCACCAUGUGGCUCAGAAGAAAAUCCCCUACGUCGACACGCGAGGGCAACUAAUCAAACCCGACAAACCCAACGGCAUUAAGAUGGAAAAAUUUGUCUUCGACAUCUUUCAGUUUGCCAAGACAUUUGUGGUGUAUGAGGUCCUGAGAGAGGACGAGUUUUCUCCGCUGAAGAACGCGGACAGUCAGGACGGGAAAGAUAACCCCACCACAGCACGCCACGCCCUCAUGUCCCUGCACCACCGCUGGGUCCUAAACGCCGGCGGGCACUUUAUCGACGAGAACGGCACACGAGUGCCGGCAAUACCCAGAGAUGGAGCGGCAGGGGCAGGCACAGCCGAUGUCUCUCAGAACUUGAAGGAUGGAACUGACCUGCCAAUCAAAUGUGAGAUCUCUCCACUGGUCUCCUAUGGAGGAGAGGGACUGGAGAAACUGGUGAGCGGCAGAGAGUUCCGUCCCACUCUGGUUAUCGAUGAGACAGGUGUCCAUGAGCUAGUGAAAAACGGACUGUGAAAGUCU